CGCGAUUGGUGCAUCUUUGACGCUCUAAUUAUACUGCACGUAUGUAGUGGGGUACAUGUAGUCAGCGCUGUGUACACCAAGGCCGGAUCUUGCCUAGUCUCUACCUAAACAUAGGUAGGAUCUUACCGCCCCGCUCUUAUACCAGUAGAUAUACAGACGCUCUCUAUCCUCUUCUUCUACCGUUCCCCUGAUACCUAGAUAGUUGGCAAGAUAUCAACAAGACGACAAUGGCGACAGCUCAGUCUUGUUCUGCCCCAUUAGGUCAUCACAUGGUGUUCACCAUCCCCCGCACAGCAUCCCAUCUAUUAUUGAAACUAUUGAAUUUACCCCAACAGCACUCAGUUUAUCGUCACUCGAAUAAUCAGGAUGGAUAUAUGUUCCUUCCUGCUGCAGCCCUACGCUUCAGACAGUCUCUACCAGGAAAGGCGAUCCAAGAAUGGUCAGAGGAAGAAAAGACAGCCCUGAAAGAUGCGAUGCAGGGUAGCUUUGAUGACUGGCUUGGCUUGAUUGAGGAAGCGGAGAAGCAAGGCAAGAGUACCUUUGUCAAAGAACACCUGAACUGGAUGGCAUCUCCUGCUGCCGAGGCUCGUCUGUAUGGGCAUCAAAAGAGCAACUCGAGCACUACAACACAAUUCCAAGUGCACUGGAAGACUCAACAAAUAAGCGACUCAAGAAAGCAAGAUAACAUAACCUAUCUUCCUGACGCGUUCCUGCUCCAGGAGGUGAAACCCACCUUUCUCAUCCGCCAUCCCGCUCUCACGUUCCCCAGCUGUCUGCGUACAGCCAUGGAUAAUGAAGGCGCCUCAUCGGUAAUAGACGGCGAGAAGAUCCAACAGUGGGAAUGUACCUACUUUUGGAGUUUGUCUCUGUACACCUUCUACAUCGAAUCGGCUGCGGAAUUCGAUCGCAGGAGCUUUGUUGAUGGAGUUAAAUAUCCAAUUGUGCUUGAUGCGCAGGAUCUCGGGGACGAAGCUCUUGUGAGAAAAUACGCAAAGGCUGUGGGGCUGGAUGAAGAGAAAGUGCGUUUCACGUGGAAGGCUGCGGAAGAGACAGAGCUAGCCAGGCUUGGAAAGGUAGAGAAGAGAAUGAAGAGCACCAUUCUUGCGAGUAGUGGGAUUGAGGAGGGCAAGUUGAAUGCUGCGCUAGACAUAGAGAUACAGAGGCUUACGAAACGCUCAAAAGCGUGAGGCUGAGAUCUUGACAUAGUUCGGUUAAAUACAAAUGUCUCCAUAAUGAAAUUACUACGG